AUGGUAGACCCAAGCCGCUUCAGUGAGACGGCUAGUGGUCCCCAACUGAGAUGGCUGUCUUGGCUUGGAAACAGUGUUGUGAUUUUUGUUCUCUGUAAACAGAGAGCAGUCCUGCAACCCACGGAUUAUCUUACAUUUAACCUGGCUGUCUCAGAUGCUAGUAUUUCCUUGUUUGGUUAUUCUCGAGGGAUCAUUGAAAUCUUCAAUGUCUUCAGAGAUGAUGGAUUCAUUAUCACAUCAAUAUGGACUUGCCAAAUUGAUGGAUUCCUGACACUUCUUUUUGGCCUGGCUAGCAUUAACACUCUUACAGUGAUCAGUGUGACACGCUACAUAAAAGGCUGCCAUCCUGACAGAGGUAACUAUAUCAGCAACAGCAAUAUUACUGUGACACUUUUUCUCAUUUGGAUGGCAGCUUUCUUCUGGUCAGUGGCUCCGCUACUUGGAUGGGGAAGUUACAUAGGUAAUGGAUUUUUUGCACUCAUGCCCUCUCCAUAUGCCGACACAGUCAGCAUGUAUUUGCAUAACUGA